AUGGGGGGGGGGGUUCUUUUUGCGUGCGCGUUGAGUGUUUGGCUUUGUGCAUGGUUGGUUGCCUUGAUGUGCCUUGGGGAUGUUUUUGCUAACGUCGCUGUGCGCAGUCUUCCUCCCAUGCAGGCACCGGUGCCUUCGUCUUAUCCAUCUUUUGCGAACAAUGGACUCGGUGGCUCGCAAAACGACACGUCGACCGCAUCUGUUACUUCACCCAGCCAGAACGGGACAGGGACUCCGUCCAGUCUCAGCAACCUCCAUCAUUUCACGUCUCCUCUGUCCAACGGCCAGAACAAUCCUUUCACUCAGCCAUUUCCCGCCCCACAUUAG